UUGAAGCCUCCACAUAGUGCUGGACGGGAAAUAACCCGAAAAUACUUUUUUUUGUUGUUUAAAGGCAACUCUUCGGCUGGGUGUUACUCCUGACAGCGACGCUGAAACUCUCUGAUUCCCUCCUCUCUCCUCGGCGGAGCGCAAACAGAGGAGUUACACCAAAGUCCCCCGACGCGCUCCAGAGAUGGUGACUUUACGCACGGGAUCUGAAGGCAACCUUAACUGACUCCCUGCUUCUUUCUGCCCGCCGCUGGUCAUCAUCACACACCGACGAAUCUCCAAAGUUUGGGAGAGCCUGCGCAGCGCAUGUGGAAGAAGUGAGUCCAGGGUACGUUCAUGAGUUUUAUAGUCAUCCACCAGUGAGAAGAGGGUGUUGGAGCUGACGUCUCUUAUCUCUAAUGAUGUCUUCCAUGCGAGCAACACCUUCUUUUCACCCGCCUUCUGAGGAGGCGGACGUGAUGAGUCAGGACAACACAACCUGGGCCGGAGACGAGCAAGAAGGCCCGAAGAAGAUGACAUCACCCUCUUUGCACAAUCAGCCCCACCCGGAUGAACUUCCGCCCGCUGGAAAAAAAACGGCAGAUGUCGAGUGGGAGACAGUCACCCCCACUGUGAUGGACAAUGAAGGCAGCAAAGCCUGCUCUGGCUACGGUUACCGGACUAACCCUUCCCCUCCUACCAAGCCAGAGGAGUGUUCCAGGGAUCGCGGAGAGUCAGUGAUCGGCCUCGCCUUUGGGACUCCAGAACGGCGUAAAGGCAGUCUGGCAGACGUGGUGGACACACUGAAACAGAAGAAGCUGGUGGAGCUGACCAAGUCAGAACAAGACGAACCAUCUUGCAUGGUGAGGCUACUUUCCAAGGACUGGAAGGAACACGUUGAAGGCCUUAACGCCAAUGAACUACUGGGAGAGGUGAAAGGUACACCGGAGUCGCUGGAGGAAAAGGAGCACCAGCUAUCAACCAUGAUUGGUCAGCUGAUCAGUCUGAGGGAGCAGCUUUUGGCUGCCCACGAUGAACAAAAGAAGAUGGCUGCCUCACAACUGGAGAAGCAGAGACAACAGAUGGAGUUGGCGAGGCAGCAACAGGAGCAGAUUGCCAGACAGCAGCAGCAGCUUUUGCAGCAGCAGCACAAGAUCAACAUUCUCCAGCAACAGAUUCAGGUCCAGGGUCACAUGCCUCCGCUGAUGAUCCCCCUGUUCCCACACGACCAGCGUUCUCUGGCUGCCGCUGCCGCUGCACAACAAGGCUUCCUCUUCCCGCCCGGCAUGUCCUAUAAGCCAGGUGAGAAUUACCCAAUGCAGUUCAUUCCAUCAACAAUGGCAGCCGCGGCAGCGUCUGGACUCAGCCCGCUACAGCUACAGCAGCUGUAUGCCGCACAGCUGGCAAGCAUGCAGAUCUCACCAGGAGCCAAGAUGGCUCCCCUCCCACAGGCUCCUAACUCCUCCGGUCCUCUUUCACCAUCCAACCUCAAGAGCGAGAAACAAGUAUCCAGCCCUGUCACUCAGAUUAAGGAAGAAGGAUCCACACAGCCACUGAACCUCUCAGCCAGACCUAAGACAGCCGAGCCUUAUCGCUCUCCGACGUCACCGACACAGAGCCUGCUCCCUAGAAACAAGACCAGCCCAAGCAACAUGGGCAAGGGUCGCAUCCCCAGCCCCAUCUCCAUCCCAAGCAUGGGCAGAAACACAUCCCUGGACAUCCUGUCCAGCCUUAACUCCUCAGCGCUGUUUGGGGACCAAGACGCGGUAAUGAAAGCCAUCCAGGAGGCCAGGAGCAUGAGGGAGCAGAUCCAGAGGGAACAGCUCCACCAUCAGCAGCAGCAACAGCAGCCAGGCCACCAGAGUCUGGAGGCCAAACUGUCUGCACUUAGCAGCAUGAACUUCAACAACAGCAACAAGGAGCGGCUGCACUAUGAGACUCUGAGCCAGCACCUGGGAAAGCUUGGGGAGGACGCAGGGAAGAUGGUACACCGAGUCAUUGACCUGACAAGACCAGAGGAUCUGGAUGGGAAUAAUAUCACAGAGGCGCGAGUGUUCAGAGAGGCACGAGGCAGGAACAGCAGCGAGCCCCACAUCAAGAGGCCCAUGAACGCCUUCAUGGUUUGGGCUAAAGACGAGAGGAGGAAGAUUCUGCAGACCUUCCCUGACAUGCACAACUCCAACAUCAGCAAGAUUUUGGGUUCUCGCUGGAAAGCCAUGACCAAUCAGGAGAAGCAGCCAUACUACGAGGAGCAGGCCCGCUUGAGCAAGAUCCACUUGGAGAAAUAUCCCAACUACAAGUACAAGCCAAGGCCCAAAAGGACCUGCAUCAUCGACGGCAAGAAGCUGCGCAUUGGGGAGUACAAGCAGCUGAUGCGCUCGCGGCGUCAGGAGAUGAGGCAGUUUUUUGUGGGGCCUCAACCCCAGAUUUCUCUGGGCAACAACUCAGGAGGUGUAGGAGUUUAUCCAGGUGCAAUAACUAUGGCAACAACAGCAACACACUCCCCACAUCUGACCUCAGACUGCUCGAGCACCUCAGCUAGCCCUGAACCUAACAUCCCAGUCAUCCAGAGCACGUACGGGGUGAAGUCUGAGCCCGGCGGGGGAAGCAACGGAGCAGGGGUCGGCGGUAUGGAUCUUCCCAGGGACCCCACAAACGGAGACGAUGACAUGGACAUGUACGAGGACUUUGAGGAUGAGCCCAAAUCAGACUAUAGCAGCGAGCACGAGACACGAGAGGUGGUCAGCGCCAACUGACCGCGAUCACUGUGUAAACGUAAAAAUGAACAACUUCCUUUACAUCCAGAGACAAACUCUGAAAACAAAGUUUAUCACGGAGACCUCCAGGCAGACUUUCAGGACAUGUUCCUGCAUUUACUGAGCAUGCCCAGGCAAGAUCUGAAAUCUACAGACAUGCUCAAAGAGUUGUGGAGCAGUAUUUUGACCGGUGCUCCUGUUGAAGAAGAGGGGUGCGACAGGGGAGAAAGUGUCCCACGAACACAACCUCAAUAAUCAUUCAGACUUUGAGCUGACAAGGAGCUGCAGUUUCCUACACUCUGACAAUCGUUAAAGGAACAAGAAGAGCGAGAGAGAGUGAGACAAAGAACAAAUGAGCAACAAACAAAUCACAUGUGGUGUGGUUUGUAGAGAGCAUGCAUGGGUUUUUCAAGCAUCACAAAAUGCUCUUUGACAGCUAUUAUUUGGUCUUAAUGUUUAAAGAGUGUGUUAGUUUUACUAUAAUGAUGAAUUUUACUUAUUUGUGACCCCAUUUUGUUUUCUGGUCCAUCGAUUUCUCUGACAGGUCUCACUGCCUGUACAAACUCUGGACUGUCAGAACUUGAAAUUUGGAAAGUUUUUAAUAUAAAUUCAAAUUUGUGUUAUCUUAUAGUCUUACUUUACUUUCAUUUCUGGUAAACAGUGCUAUGCCCUUUUUUUCUGACAAACUGCUUCUAUUACAUUAUUAUUAGAUUUUUUUAAAGAAAUGUCCCAGCUCAGGUAUGAUGUGCCAGCUUGUGAAUGUCUUUUUUUUGUUUCCGUAAAAGUAGGACUUUUAGAUGUUCCAUAGGUAGGACUUUUAAGACUGUCAUUGAAAUAAAGGGAGUAGAACCCCUUAUUAUUAUUAUUAUUAUUAUUAUUAUUAUUAAGGAAGGAAAUACCCAGACAUUUUACAAUUUUUUUCAAAUGUGCCAAACAUUCACUUCGCCCCGGGAUGUUGUAGUCUUAAUUUCCAAUGCUGCAAACAACGAAAAAGUCUUAUACAAUCACCUUUUUUCUAUCUGAUGUAAUAGAAUGUUUUUAGUAGAAUGCUGGUUCCCCUCCUGAUCCAAUCAUACCCAGAGCUUAGGGAGGACAUAUCUUCUUCACACUUGCUCAAUCACACAAACAUGUUGCAUCGGCUCAGUUACAACCCAUUUAACUUUGAGACACAUAGUAGCAGAGUAGAUUAUUUUAUUUCCAACUGCACUGGUGCUUUCAUUAACCACAUUGCUCUUAGUUCCUUCACACCAAACCAGUUCGCUGUAUGUGCUGUAUCAGCAUUUAUGACCAUCCAUUUAAAUCAGGCUAAUACCAGAGGUACUGUUUAGUUUAAUUUUGUUUUAAAGGCAAAGGCCAUAGAAUUUGAAGGGAUGUUAUAAAAGGUUACAAGGAGUUGAUAGCUUACCUGGAGUAACGGACUCUCCUUUACUAUGAAUCCAUAUUAGUUGGAGUUGGAGGAAGAGGCAGAAGCUAACUGCUUGUCCGGGACUAACAAGGACUCUUUUUAAAUCGUUUUAAAUUAUCUCUAAUCUCCAGAGCUCUUACAUGUUUAGGCGAAUGCUAUUUUAUGAACUUUUACAAUAUAGAUGCAUUAAUAAAGCUUUUAGUGGCUGAUUUCCAAUUUUCUUGAUAUCUGACCUGCAAAUUCUAUUUUUUUUUUAAAGAGAAAAUGUGCUGCAGGUUCUUUAAUACAGUUAUUAACUACAGUAGUAUCUCCUUUUAUGCAUUAAAUGAAACAUCAUGUCCCUAAACUUUGUUUUAUUAAAUGCAAAAAAGUGCAUUGGUUCAUGAGUUUAAAGACCAAAAUGGUUGGACUUCUUAGUUUUGAUUAGCUUUGAAUAGCAAAAAGAAAAAUCAUUGUUUUCAUUUUUUGACCUUCUCAUUAUUGAUCAGAGGCCAUCAAGGUUAAUCGGAUGAUUGAUUGGUGCAUCUCUACCAUUAUCUGUUUUUACGUUUGCAUAGGUUGGAUUUUUAAAAAUAAUGGAAAUGGAUAUUUACAUAGAAAAAACACGAUGAUCUUUCUGUGUGAAACAUGUACUCAAAAGCAGAAGUAAAAUGUUUCUGGUCAAAGUUGCUAUCUGAUAUGAUAUUCAUUCUUGUAAAAAUAAAAAAAUAGUUUCGUUUGAGUGAACGCUAUCUUAUCGAUUAUAACACCAACUUACUUUUAUAUGACUUAGUUACUCUGACCAGAAACGCUAUACAUGUAUGUUCCAUACAAGAAAAAUAGUUGCCACACUGCCUCCCCACUUCAUAUCACAUAUACAUUUUAAUUUGUUCCUCUGUGAAUAAGUGUCCAAUCAAAAUGUAAUGAUAGUUUAAAAUUUUAUAAAAUAGUAUUCGCAAAAACUGCUUUAAAAAUAGCCGUUGUUGUUCUAGGAUAAAAGUCCAAUUAUUUAUUUUUCCUUUUUGGACUAGGUAUUAGCUUCAGCUUUCUGGUUCAACUAAUAUAAAAUGAGCCUAAAUGAGGAUGCAGGGAGAGUUAUCUACUGCAGGUAGGAUACAAACUCUUUCAUAAACCUUUAAUAGAACUUCACUUCCUUUUAAUCCUUUUUAGAAUUUCUAACACUAACCCUAAACGAAUAUUUUAAACUUGUCUCACUCAGAAUCACAUGAAAGGUCAGAGAACAGCUGCAGAGAGUUUCUACUAAAGGAUGAAGAUUUGAUUAUUGUGGAUUAUGUGUUUUCAAUUAGUACUAAAAUGUCACAGGAAUUACUUUGUCUCUUGGCCUGUUUGCUAUAAACGUCCUCUUAGAAUAUUGUGAAAAAUAUCUGGAAAUUCAUCAAUUUGAAAUUUAAUAGGUUUGUUAUUUAAAAAAAAAGAAGAUGUUUUCUAUUUUUGAUUUAAGAUGGGUUAGGGUGAGGACUGCAAAAAGUUAAAGUCAUUUAAAGCCUUUUUCACCAUGUGAUGUAAGAUGUUUCUACCUUCUGAUGCUUAUUUAUGCUAAGAAGAAAAGUAUUUGUGCUCACUCAUAUGUCAUAACCUGUAUUCGAAAACACUUUUGAACAUAUUUGUUAUUUUUGUCUCAUAUCAGCAGAAUUCCUAAAAGGUAAAAACGUUUUUAUUUUCAAAACCAGUGACUCUAAAUGGUUCCCUGGGUGCUUUUUUUUUUUUUUUUUUACUGCUUCAGGAUGAAAUUUCUCCUCACAAUUAUUUCUGUCUGUUUUUACUAGGACUAAACAUUAGCUUCAGCUCCUAUUAUAUUUCUGUUAGUAUCAAACACAUACUAAGCACUGGAUAAUAAUUCUGUUGUAUUUCUCCUGUUUUUAUUAAGAAUUGACUAAUGUGAAGUCAUAGUUUGAUUUAGAACAUUACAAGUUAGUCAAUAAAGUCAGAGUGGGGUGGUUGGGGGGGGGGGGGGGGGGUUCGUUUAUGCCAGGCACCAGUAAAUCUCCAUUUCUUUCAAAGCAUUUUUAUUUUUGUCAUUUAUUUAAGCAAACCUUUUUUCUGCAGCUUCGGUGGCACCUGAACAGGUCACGCUGCCUCUGAUCUCUUUAAAAAGAAAAGUAACCUCAUGCUUUUUUAGUUGUGACCUGCAGAGGCAGAGCACAUGUUUCACGGUCACACAGAUUCUUUUUCUUUUUUUGUGAUGAGUAUUGUAUUUGAAAUUCAAUUGUGCGUUUUAACAUUUCAUUGUAUUUAUUAGCCUGCUUUGGCUCUAAAAAGUGUCAGUACAACUUGGGGAGAGAGACAAUCUGAAAAAAAAAAUAUAUAUAUGAAUAAAAAAUAGUAAAGACUUGA